AUGCUUGCUUUAGAUCGAGGGAGGCCGGUCUGGUACCUGCUGGCAUUCUGCACAGCUUUGUUUCUGCUUUUCUCCUCAUGUGGAUUUUGGACAGGCCGGAUAUUUAGUCCGAUCGAGCAAUACCCGGAUGGCCUCAAUGCGAUUUUCUCUACGCGGACUAUCGAUGCACUCAACAAUGACCCCAGGCUACGCAGCGCACUCUUAUCACUCACAGAAGCGAUUGCGCUUUCGUCGACAACCCUUGGACAGCGAUUUCGAUCGGAUAGCCUGAAGAACUUCGGGACCAACCUCACCGAUGGUAUCAACCAUAUGCGGAGCGAACAGCGAAAGGAACUGAAAAAACGUAGUUUCUUCGAUGAAGUGGGCAGUUUCUUUGGUGGUUUAGCUGGUGGCGGUGGUUCUGGUGCCCGUGGUGGCCCCAGUGUAGCAGGCUUGAAUUCUACCGGUGUACUGGGCGACUUACUGGCGGGCUUAGGAGACUCAAUAGGCCUGGAUUUUACAGGCGGACUGGAUGGAAUACUGAGCAGUUUGGAUCAACCCGCUCUGUUCCUUGGUAUCGGUCUGGGCGCAAUCACGCCAUCUCUGAGCAACAACACGAACUUCUCCUUCAGCCCAGCAGCUUAUGCACUGGCAUCUGGUAUCGGAAAUGCGACGGCAAAAGGCCUGGGAUUGUCAACAAAGCAAUAUUUGCCGUCCAACGUUUCGAGCAUUGAGGCUAUAGCUGGCAACAUCGGUCUUGGGGUUACAGGGCCCAUUGUAGCCAAUAUCGACUUCCAAGCGCUGUUGAAGAGUGCUGGUGGCUCGAUGAUCAUGCAGCAGCUUCCCCAGAUUGCUGCUGCUGCCGGCAUGGGGCUCGGGGAAGGCGCCAGAGAUGGUUUGGGGCUGACAUCAACAAGUGCUGGAAAUCCAGGAAUACAGAAGCGACAAACAGCGGGCGACUCAUCAACUGAUACGGCUUUCUCCGAGGCUGUGGGUUUAUUUGCGAAAGGCCUCAGCCGGUCUUUCGUCGGGGGCAGCAACUUCUCAAUGCUAGCAACCGGUACAAGUUUGACAGACUUGAUGAAUCUCAAAGCCAUGCUCCAGCCUCUAUUUGCAGGAGCUGGCGCAGGCUUAGGUGCGGGGGUUGCCAUUGGCUUGGGCUUCAAGGCGGCAAACUCGAAGCCAAUCCUUGGUACUAAUAUGACUGGAGACAAUGAGCAGACAGCCAUGGCUGCGGAGAGCUUCACGCAGAACCUGCUCGCCAACUUUCUCAUGAACAGUACGGCGCUUCAGCAAGCUCAGAAACUCAUAACAGACAGUCCGGCGUCAGUUUUCCAGAAUGUCGAUCCUGCCAAGGCAGCAGAGGGUUUUGCUAGGGGCACAAUUGAAGGCUUCUUGAGUGCUUUGGCGUCUGUCGGAGGCAUCAACAACUUGAUCAAUGGAACUAUUCCAGCAAACGCGAUCGACAACGUACCAGUGUUGAAACCGACAAGGUUCAACGAUUCAGUGAACGGCUCCGCAGUUGGAUUCGCACGAGGUUUGACAGGAAAAGGGACAAUUUUGCUUGCACAGAUCGCUAGGAAUCUUACGCAAGGCUCUCAAGAUGCUACCGAUCCAGCCCCGGGACAGAAGCGCAGCGAAAGAGCGGCGGAGGAGGUUAGUGUAGGUACUGGUGACCCGCUCUCCGCACGUCAACUCGAGGGAAUGAAAAUAAAUCGCUUUGCUAUCAGUGCAACUACAGCGGAACUGGCUGCGCAGAAAGCUAUCGACACCCUCACCUGCUCGGGUGUCGGCGGUCUCGCAUCAGCGGCUCUCGGCAUCAUGAGUGCUAUUAAAGCGGACCCUAGUAUUCUCGACAUGAUGGCGGGUGAUGAAUCCGUGCCACUUGAUGGAGCAGUUUUGCGAGCACUGCCACAAGGCCAAAUUACACUCUUCAAUGCCGGCAAUAACUUUGAGGUUGUGAUUCGGGAUGCAAGUGUAAAGGUCAAUGGACUGGAUCUUGUUCCGUUUGCCGUAGUUACUGCGCUGCAUAUCCUAUUUGCGGCAAUCGCUUUCCUCCUCCUACUUCCACUAUACCUCAGCUGGGGUGCCGCUUGGCGCUUCUCGGUCAUCGCUGGCUACCCAAUCGACGAGGCUAAGAACUUGAAAUGGCGCUUUUGGUUCUUGAUAUCCUUCUCCAUCUUCGGCAUCAUUGCCAUCAUUCUGGGAAUUGUUGGGAUAGGCAAUUCUACUCACUUUAGGGAUGCACAUAGCAUUAUCGGCCUGAUCGCCUUCAUUUUCCUGUUUCCUACAGUUGGCUUUACCAUUGUUCGUCUGCGGACCGACCUCCCGCUCCCGCCUCCCUCAUCGUUUUCAGGCUACAAAGGACCUUUGGCACUUGCCAAAACACCACAACGUAUCUACCUCAUCAGCGGGAUCUCGACUCAGCUCCUCUUAACACUUGGUCAAUUGGUUGUUCUACAAGGUUUCUCGACCCUUCGCUCUGUCUCUUUAUGCGUCAUUGAUGCAUUCUUCGACUCCAUCGCCGCUACGACCGUUGUGAGCAUCAUUCUCAUGGUGCAAAUCAGUGCCACGGCCAUUGUUGGAUUCAGAGCGUGGCUGGAACAACAUAUCGCGAAAAGUGAAGCCGCAGGUGAAAAGCGUUCAUCGUUUUCAAGUCUCAGACAACACAAGCGGAGUGACACCAUGGCAACAUUUGGAUUUGAUAGGAAAGAACCUCCUCCAAAACUCGACUUGACCGCGAGCAGACCGCGACUCCCCACAUGGGAAGCCAACGCGUUAAAAGGCGAGGAACAAAUCGGCAUCAGCACACCAUUCAAUAUCCUCAAAGACGGCAGUAUCCACGAGAGAGAUUCAAGAGCCUCACCUUUCAUAUCAGCGGAAGAGCAACAACACUACCACGAGCGCGGCAUCUAUACCCCCAAAACCGGUGGCUAUGUACCCGGGAACACCAGAGCCAACGGUUUAACGCCCCCGGUCCCCAUAAUACCAUUUGCACCAAGAAGCGCAGGACUACCAACCAGGAGCAUGCUCAGGCCAUCAACCCUCACUUCUUCAGCCGCAGCUACUCCCCACGCUCUCACUUUCAAUCCCAUACCCACCCCACGAACAGCCGGCCUAACCACGUCCAACCCAGAGGACGACAUCUUCACCGCACCCGCCCCAUAUGCCGAAAACCGACCAUCGUCCGACAUAUUUGAGACCGCGCGCUCCCCUCUCCUCCCCAGGGGACCACUGACGCCCAUGCACAAGGGUCCCAAAACAACAGACGUCCAUACAUCUGAUCUCUGGCCCCCUCCGGUCCCAACAAUCGCGAUAGAGCCCUCGCGCACAACCAUGAUACAAGAGCCACGCACUGUGGCCGCAAGCCCAGGCUGGACAACACCAACCUCGAGCAGUAUAGCAACACGCUCCAUCCGAGCCUCGUUCAUCUUCCCAGCGCCUACCCCCGCGCCUCUCGCCAUCCCCCCCAAAACCGUCGGCAGCGGCCCUAAGACAAUAAACGUAUCCACCUCGGACCUAUUCCCCCCUCCCCUACCAGAACUCCGCCAAAUGCACCCCGGAAAUGAAGUAAAUUCCUCGUUAUCAUCGUCGUCUUCCUUUGGCGGCGCAGACUACGUCUUCCCCAAACAAACAAACGUCACAACGGCUGAUCUUUGGCCCCCGCCUAAUCCAGCUUACGAGCGCAUUGCGGCAGCGCAGCGGGAGCAGCUACAGAGUCAGAUUGAGGCUAGAGGGAGCGCGAGUGAGACGUCAGGGGAAGGGGGUGUGCAUAGGAAGAAAGGAUCCAAGGACUCGGCUAAAAAGGAGAGGGAGAGUAGGGUUAUGGAUGGGAAUGUUCCUGUAAGAGAUAGUUUUAUGGGAUUCGAUAAUGGCCGGUAA